AUGCCACUCCAUGUUGCGGCGGAGAGGGGCUCGCUGGAGGCCGCUCGGUUUUUGCUCAAAGAGGGUCGCUGUGUGGUCGACCAGCCGUGUCGAGGUCUCGGGGCGACUCCGCUCCUCUACGCUUGUUCGUUUCUGAAGAGUACCGAAGUCGUGGAGCUCCUGAUUUCCCACGGUGCAGACGUGAAAAAGAAGUGUCCCUUUCCUUAUAUAUUUGCGGUUGUGAGGAUCUAUUUGGAGCGGAAGUUGCGUUUGAAAAAGGAAGCGGUCCUCGAAAAACAGACCGUAAAAGAAAACAAAUCUCUGUCUGCUACGUCACCUCAAGCUACAAGUGCUGCUUCAAGUAGUAAUUCUUCACCCUCGACGUCCACGCAACACCAGCAGUCUUCUCCUGAUGGAAGCACAACUGGCAGUGCAUCACCAUCAGCAUCAGAUACCACAACAUCGGCAGCUUCGUCGCGAACGUUGAACAACGACGAGGACGGCGGAAUAAAUACCGAAGUUGUGGAUGCGUCUACCUCGACCUCUUCAAGUAGCAAUUCUUCGAACACGACCGAAGAACAGUCUCCCAAGAAGGAAGACGAAGGCGAGUCUGAUCCUGUAGCAAAAGCAACGGCAGCUUUUCGAGAGGAGCUUAGAAAAGCAUUUGCGGCGUGGCUCCUAGGACACGACUUUCCGAAUAUGGAAAAAUAUAGAGUUGACUGCCUGCAGAGCU